ACUAAAGUACAUCCGAUUACGUGACACGUGUUUAACUGGUGCGCGGUGACAGGAUCAACCAGAAGUACCACUUCUUUCACGGGCCAGAGGGAAGAAGACGUGCCGGACCUCCACAACGAACGGGCAAAUAUUCGAUGAUGUUGCCAUCAUUUGUUUUUAUAUUAUCGUUGCGCAUGAUCGGGGGACUUGAGAUUAACGAAAAUGUUAUAUUUCAAAAAGUUAACGAAGUGUCUGUGACCAGAGCUCAUUGGCAAAUAGCCCUACUUCUCGAUACCAACGUCUUCUCUACAUUUCUUACCCAACUUGAAACAAGACUAAACGAUAUCACAAAUACCACGAAAGACAUGAUGUUCCAAUUCAAACGAAAUGAUCUACUUUUAAAAACAGACGCCUUUGAACAAUCAUUAGCACAACUCCAUACGGAAAUCGAAUACAUCCGUUCUGACCAUGACAACGUACUUGACAGCUAUCUAGAUUAUAAAACGCUCAGUCAUACCCAGAAACGCUCAUUGUUACCCCUAGGCGGAUUCUUUAAAUUUCUUUUCGGCACAGCUGACGAUUCUGACAUCCGUAAUAUUCAAACACACGUUAAUCAACUUCAAGAAAGCCAAAAAAACUAUUAUCCAUGUGUUACAAAAUAGUUUAUCUAUUCUCAAUGUUACCCAACAACACAUAACUGAGAAUCGCCACUCCAUUAACACUCUGAUAUCUACCCUCAGACAACUUGACGACAAAAUCAUGCACACACAUGAACGUUUACAGGCAAUGACCCAUGCUGUUCAAGAUUAUACGGUUAAUUACAACUCCCUGAAGAUCAUGAUUGAUGAAUUACGUCAGGCUGUUUUCCACGCAUCACUAUAUCUAGAAACUUUUAAAGGACAACUUAAUAUGCUCAGCACUGGCAAACUUUUUCCAUCUCUUAUUUCACCUAUUCACCUGAAAGACGUACUAUUAGACAUUGCGACAAAAGUGCCUAAUAAUUUACAACUACCAGCUAAUCCCAAGACCGACCUAUGGCAUUAUUACCAAUCUACCUCAACGACCGUCGUAAUGUCACCUACUACUAUUAUCAUUACAAUGGACAUCCCUCUCCUCGAGAUAGGAGCUUCUUUCGAGGUAUAUGAAGUAUUCAAUUUCGAUAUGCCCUACUCACCCAUUAACGAAACUAUCAAUGACAAUAAGAUCCACUAUAACAUGUCCGCUAGAUACGAACUGGAAACUAAGGGCUUCUUGAUUGAUCAAGCGCGAAAUCACUACUGCCUAUUGACAAAUAACGAACUGAAAACUUGUCAAGCGCGACGUACAUGUGACGUACAAUCCCCAUUCUACCAAGUAGACAUGUCUAAAUUAUGCGUCAUAGCCAUUAUGAUUAACAACACUCAGCACAUAAAGGAUUAUUGCAAGGUGAUCAUACACCCUAACACCGUCUUACCUGAUGCCAAAUAUUUAGGAUCUGGUAACUGGGCGAUAGUCUCUAGACAAGACCUACGCCUCGUGACGAUAUGUCAAGAUCAUUCCCAAAAUAAAAUAUCCGCUCGCGCUAUCGCUCCCAUAGACAUUGUUAAUGUACCCAUGAACUGUCGCGCAUACAAUGAAUACUUUACAUUAAAUGCCUGGUACAUUAACUCCAGUCAAACCCGGCUUCAGACCGAUAAACUCGACGUACCUACCUUUAAGGGUUCUUCCAUUUGGAAACCAUUCCAUACCUCUCUCGUUAAUUUCACUAAAACCGAAAUACCUCAUGAACUAUCAAACAUCAAAGAAAUACCUAUGGAAGCUUUAAUAACAAAACUGCAGAGUAUCAGACAAUUAAAUGACAUUGACACGACAUCAGGUGACUUCCCAUUAUGGGGUUACAUUAUCAUAGGUGUAGCGACCGCUCUGAGUUCUGGUGCAGCACUCCUUAUUUACUGUAAAUGUAAACGUAUGACCCGAUCUAAUCGUCCCAUAAUUACCCAAUUCCGAUCUGCCAACGAUGAUAUGCACCUGGGAGAAAUCAGUCCCCCGGGUUAUGUGGGCGUGGCUUCCUGUGAUGUGGCGCACGAACCUCUCGUCUCUGAGGUCAAAAAGCCCUCGGCACCCCCACAACGACCGAGAACACUGUCAUCCCUAUACCCGUCUCUACGAGGGUAACAAAUCCUUCCAGACGACGACACCAGGAUGAUCCUUGGCGAUAACAACUUGUCAACAACCAAGUUGUGAACCAUAAACAGCACCAUGGGCUGUUUACUGGAUAUUACCUACUAUCGUCAAUAAUGAACAGAACGAUAUACUUGAAAACUAAAAUCUACGAACAAUUGUUUAGUGCACUACUACAUCGAUCGAUAUAUCACCCGUAUUCAUCUAUUGUGACUGUAUAUAUGUGUUGAACACUCGUAUAAUCUUCAAAGAACGUUUGGAAUAUGUAUUAUUCGGAUGUUGUCUAUAGUUAACCA